GUUGCCGUCCCCGUGCGUUCUUUUUCGCUCGGCGUGAGGGCGAGCGGUGCGAAUUUGGGCCGCGGCGCAUGCGCAGAGAGCGCGUACGGCGGCCGAGUGGGGCCGUCCCGCCCUCGCCUUUUGUCCGGCGGGGGCGGCCGGCGGGAGCCCAGCAGCACACGGAGGUGGAUCCAGCCCGUCCCGGCACCAUGGGCUCCAAGCAGAUCGCCCAGGAGACGUUUGAUGAUGCGGUGCAGGAGAACAUCACCGAGUUCGAGAUGGAGCCCGAGGAGGCUGUGAGAGAAGCCGUGCUGCAGUUCGAGUCCCAAGGUGUGGACCUGAGCAAUAUUGUGAAAGCUGUGAGACCUCCUGCCUCUGAGAACGGGCAGAGGCAAAAGCACCAAAUCCUGCUGACCCUGGAGAGCCUGAGCAGAGCCGUGGCAGAGCAGGACGUGGCCCAGCUGCCCCAGGAGCUGUCGGCCUUCGCGGUGCAGUGCAAGGAGCAGCUCGCCUUCCGCUACCUGGCCGGCCGCAACGGCGCCUACCCCGCCGUGCUCUCUGCCUGCCAGCUGGCUGCAGGGGACAGGGAUCUGCUGCUGCAGGCCUUCUGCACGCUGGCUGCCCUGCUGGAUGGCCAGCCAGACCUGCUGGACGCCGCGGGGCAGGAGCUGCUGCUGCGGAGCCUGCGGGAGCGGCGCGAGGACGCCGAGGUGACGCUGGCCGGGAUCCGCUGCGUGCGCCACGCCUGCCUCAAGCACGAGCACAACAGGCAGGCCUUUGUCAAGGGGGGCGUCCUCCCCGUGCUCACCGGGGCCAUCACCCAGCACGGCAGCAGUGCUGAGCUGGUCAGGACGGCAGCCUCGGCCCUCAGGGUCAUGACGUUCGACGAUGACAUCCGUGUGCCCUUCGGUCACGCCCACGACCACGCCAAGAUGAUCGUGCUGGAGAACGAUGGGCUGAGAGUCCUCAUUGAGGCUGCAAAAGCCUUCAGGGAUAACUCCGGGGUUCUCAGCGAGCUCUGUGCCACCCUCUCCCGCCUCUCGGUCAGGAACGAGUUCUGCCAGGAAAUCGUGGACCUGGGGGGCUUAAAUUUCAUGGUGACGCUGCUGGCUGACUGCAUGGAGCACCCUGACGUGGUGAAGCAGGUGCUCAGCGCCAUCCGCGCCGUGGCCGGCAACGACGACGUCAAAGACGCCAUCGUGGACGCCGGGGCCACCGAGCUCAUCGUGCUGGCCAUCAGCCACCACCUGGGCAACCCUCAGAUCUGUGAGCAGGGCUGUGCAGCCCUGUGCAUGCUGGCCCUGCGCAAGCCCGAGAACUGCAGCGUCAUCAUGGAGGGCGGCGGGGCCCUGGCAGCCGUGCAGGCCAUGAAGGCUCACCCACGAGAGGUGGCUGUGCAGAAGCAGGCGUGCAUGCUGAUCCGGAACCUGGUGGCGCGCAGCCGGGAGCUCUGCGGGCCCAUCCUGGCCCUGGGGGCCGAGGUGCUGAUCGCCGAGGCACGCGCCGCCCACCGCGACUGCGACGACGUGGCCAGGGCUGCCCUCAGGGACCUGGGCUGCAAGGUGGAGCUGCGGGAGCUCUGGACGGGCCAGAAGGGGAGCCUGGCUCAGUGAAGCCUCCUGUGGGCGAGCAGGGAAGAUCCAAAGCGUCCGAGCCCCCGGAGCCCGGCGGGAGGCGGCGUUGGAUGGUCCCGGCCGGAGCGCCCGGAGCAAAGCCGGGCUCGGGAGGCUGCAGGGAACUUUGAUCUGGGGAGCUGCAGCUGAAACGGCUUUCUGCAUUCACAGCCUGCCAACCAGCUCUGUGUAGUGAUCAUUGCCUGGAUCAUCUCACGGCUGAGGAUGAUCUGCUCCCCCCUGGUGUGCGGGACGGGGCUGUUCUCGCUGCUCUGGUGCGUGGGGACAGCAGGGCUGGCUCUGGCCUGCCCGGUUUGGCUGCUGGUUCCCAGCUGUGCCCCUGCUCAGGGGCUGCCUGAGGAGGAAUCCCAGCGUUUGUGGAUGUGCUCUCUCUGUCCCGUUGCCCUGUUCUUUUAUUGCUGACCCCACUCUCGUGUCGCUGCUUUGUUUGGGAUUUUUCUGCCAGCCUAAUGUUUUAAACAAAAACAAAAAAACCCACAAAAAAUACAAAAAAAAAAGAAAGAAAAAAAAAAGGCCAAGUAAGGAUUUGGGAUAAUAUCCAAAGGAACUGUUGGCAUCCAGGAGGAAAGUUCACGUUCUCCCUCAGUGAGAGGAGCAGGGCAGGGACUGGCAGUGGGGGUGGGAAUUCCAAAGUGCCACUGGGAAUCCCGAGCUUUGUCACCUCCUAGCUCUGCCCUGCAUCCAGGAACGCUUGGGCCAAGAACCUCACGGACUGAGGCCGAGCUGUGGAUUUGUGGGCCAGGCAGGCUCUGAAGGCUGAGUUAAGGCUUUUGUGCCAGCCCCGCUCUGGGGCCGAGCCCUCCUGCGCCGCUGCCAGUUUUGUGCGUGGAUGUUUUUAAUGUGAUACCCUCUGUACAAAUGGUGACCUUAUAAAACACACAAACCUUC